UUAAGAGAAUACAAAAUUAUAAUUACCAAAAGCCAUCCAACACCAAAAAGAAAAAAAAAAAAAAAAACAAUUAUGUGCUAACAAAUGGAAGAGAGCCCUCCUUCUUAUACUCCUGCUGGAAGCAGAGGGAAGAAUCCUGAUGGGUUUUAUGGAGGAAAUACUAAUACGAUUUGGCCAAAUGUGAAGCCUUUUGUUAAUGGAUUCCUGGCAGGGCAGUUAAGUGGUCUUCAAAUAGUUGGUGCACACUGGUUUAGGAAGAAAACGCUGGAUUUUAAUCGCAAAUUCAUUAAUCCUGGCCAACAUGCACAGGUGAUCAAGGCUUCAUUUACCACAGUUCAAAAGCGGAUGCCAGCUUACUUACUCCUUCAAGCCACUUAUACGACGGCACAAUUUGGAUCAUUUGAUUUUCUGACCAAGAAGGUAAAAGCAGCGAACGGAGGGAUUCCGUUAUCGCUGUACCAAGAAGCUCACUUGGGGAUGAUUUCUGGUGGGAUUGCAUCCUUGAUUUCAUAUCCACUUUGUGUAGUGCACCUGGCGAGUCAAUUAUUAGAGCCAAAUCCUCCUAAAUUGAGAAGCUUGCUUUUGGCUCAAUAUCGUAGAGCAAGAAGAACUGGAGGGCCAUUGGUAUUGUGGAAGAAUUCUAUGCCCUACGUGAUGAAGAAUAUGGGGUUCAACAUGGGUUUAUUCCCAUCAUAUCAUCGGAGUUACAGCUAUUUAAGGGACUCUGUUGGUUUGGGCAACAUUGCAGCAACAUUCGGUGCUGGAAUCAUAUCGUGUUUUAUUGGAACUGCCUGUUGUUCCCUGGGGAGAUACAGUACUUAUGCAAUUAGGGCAGGAGGAAGAAGACUUGGGUUAUUUCGAGACUUUGUUUCAUACACCCCUCUAACCUUGGUGAUGUGGCUGAACAUGGAAGCUAUUCGAGGAGUGGAGGAACUUCAGGGAUUAUAGCAUCCGGGGAAAUGCGAUGGAUGGAUCAGAUACAUCUUUAUUAGUCCAACUCAUUGAUUUUUACUUUAGUUUGAUUCCUGAAUAUGAUUGAUUUUUUUUUUUUAGUAACGCUGGGAACCCACCAAAGAUGGGUAAACCCACGCCCGCUGCAAUAACCAAGAGGUAAACCUAGGCAAGUCUGGGUUGACAAGCUCGGGUAUAAAAUUAGGAGUUAAUUAGUGAGUUAGCCAUAACAAGUCCUUAGAAGUGCCAAUAGACAAAGUGAGAGUCAAUCCCUCACUUUUUGUUAGAAUGGAACAUUGAACUCAUACCUCUUAGGACAAGGGUGGUUUUACCACCGAAUUAAUUUCUCAUUCGCUGAAUAUCAUUGAUUUAAUUUAGC